AUGGGGAAAGACAUGUUGAGAAAAUGCGACGGUCUGCCAUUAGCUAUAAUCGAGGUGGGCAAACAGUUAGUAGAAAGGAGACCAUUGAAAGGGAUUGAAUGGGAAGAAGCUCUUAAAUCCAUCGAUUUGGGCGCAUUACUGCCGUUAUUUGAGUCCAGUUAUCAAAAAAUGGAUCCAGAAUCUAAGCCAUGCUUCUUGCAUCUGGCCUUCUUUAAGGAAUAUACAGGUGUUAGGACAGGAAAGUUGGAACAUGUUUCGGCUAUAGUAAGAAAGGUCUCAGAAAACCAAAUUAGAUCAUAUGUGAGUAUCUUAGCUCAGGAAUGCUUUGUCGAGAUCAAGGACAAGAAGAGUUGUCGCGUUAAUGCUAUACUACACAUGCUAUCCAUCAAGAAAGCAGACGAGGAAAUAGGUCUUGAGAUCCUAAGGAGCAAUGGAAAUAAUCGACCCUCUGAGAGUCCUCGUCAUCAUCGUGUUAUCAUUUGUAGCAGAGACAAGUUCAACUACUCCACGGAUCAUGAUAAACAUCUUGUUUCUCUCUUCUUCCAUGGAGGUGGCUACUUGGACGCCUGUCCGUCUUACUGGAAGAGCUUUGAACUACUUAAGAUAGUUGAUUGGGAAGAUUUUGGGCUGAAGAAUUUGCCAGAAAGUGUUAUUGACACAAUGAUGGGAUUAAGAUACUUGGGAUUGAGAAACAAUUACAUACAAAACCUCCCACUCUCGUUGGGGAACUUGAAAGAGCUUGAGAUUAUUGAUAUAGCUCUCAACUUUAUGGUGGAGGUGCCCGAUAUUAUAUGGGAAAUGUGUAGCCUUCGUCACCUCUACAUGUCUGAUGUGAUUAGCCGAGAGCCUUUGAAGAUUGACACGCUGGAGAAUCUGGAGAGCUUAACCUACAUCUCUUUUGAUGAUUGGAAGUAUGAGUUCUCAGGCAUGGAAAAAAUGAGCCGUCUCUACAAACUAGGCAUUGAACAAAUUGAUACAAGCUCGGAUGCAAGCAAGCUUUUUGCUUCGUUGCAGGUUGAGCUGAAGAAUCUUGAAACCCUAAUCUUAAGAGGUUUUCGUUUCAGAAGCAUGCCUUGUUUGGACAACCUUGGUAUUCUACGAAGUAUUCGUACACUCAAACUAGAAGGGCUCCUUCCUAGGUUACCAAGAGCCUCUAAUUUCCCUCGAUAUCUUGAAUCAUUGACGUUGGUUAAUAGCUGUCUUGAUGAAGACCCCAUGCCACUACUAGCCGCGAGGUCACCCGUCCUUAGGCACCUUAAAUUGCGGAAUGCAUACACUGGUCAAGAAAUGGUGAUCUCAAAAUACAUGACUCACCUCGAGGUCUUGUGCAUGGAAGAGCUGUGGAAUGUGAGAGAUUUACAAGUUGGAGAAGGUAGACCGCCAAAUCUAAAGAAUUUAGAGAUCAAGAAUUGUCCAUAUCUGGAGACCCUGCCCGAAGAGAUUGGGGAGAUGAGAAAGUUGGAGGAGUUAAAGAUGGUGACAACCAAAACCAUUGCAACACAGAUCAGAAACUCACACUUAAUCUCCGAAAUAAGGCAGCGUUCUUUAGAUUUUCAGUUGCAUUUGAAUAGUGAUAACUAA